AUGACCAUCAGGGACCUGACUGAAGAUGAUACUGGGACCUACUGGUGUGGAGUAGCAACCAGCAUGACAGAACAACGUUACAUUACACCGAUCACACAGGUGAAGCUGCUUGUUAUAAAUUGGAGGGAUGUCAAACCAAUCAAUGUGACUGAGCAGAUUGGGGAGACUGCCAGGCUUACUUGUAAAUAUCCAGCAGGCCACAAGAAGAAUGAGAAGUUCUUCUGUAAGGGGGACAGUCCUUUAAGCUGUGAAAAUAAAGUUACAGCUACACAACCUAACAUCAUUAUAAGGAAUGAGAGGUUUUCUCUGAGGGACAACCGUGAGAAGACCAACUUCACUGUUCACAUCAAGAAGAUGAGACCAGAGGAUUCUGGGACAUAUUGGUGUGGAUCUGAUAGAAGAUGGAGACCUGCAGACUACACUAGAUUUAUAUUUUCUGUGGUGGCACCAACCACCAUCAUCACAAAAUCAACAACUGCAGCACUUCCAGCCACAACCACCUUCAUCUCACAAUCAUCAUCAUCACCAUCACCAUCACCAUCACCAUCAUCAUCAUCAUCAUCAUCACCAUCAUCCUCAGUGGUCGUCAUGGUGUCUUUUAGUCUGGUAGUGUUACUGCUGGUGAUCAGCCUGAUCAUAGUCUACAGAUGGAAAUACAACAAGGCCACAGGUGACUCUUCAACACACAGAGUGAGUCCAGACACAGGAAUCAAUGAAGGGGGUUGUCAUGGUGAUGGUGACUAUGAAGAGAUAAAGGAGCGCCCCCUACAGUCAGACUCAGACGCUGCGACCUCCACCAUCUAUGCCACCGUCAACUUACCCACAAGCCACUCUGACUCUCUCCACUACUCCAGCGUCAACUUCCACAAGAUCCCCAGAUUCCCCAACGAAGCCACUGACACCAUUACUAAAGAGGGCAGCUGCCCCAAUGAAGCCACGGCUUCCAUUGCUAAAGUGGGCACUUCAUCAUGUGACUAUGCUACUGUGAACUUUGGUCAAAGCCCCGCCUACUCUACUGUCAAUCAUCCACACAGCUCCUCUGAGGCUCCUCCCAUCUACUCCACAAUCAGCAAACCCAGAGACACCUGAGUCAAUGGCAACCAAUCACAAGAUACAUACACACACUGGCGACCAAUCACAAGAGACAUAUUUUAACUAUAUGCGCUGACCUCUCUCUCUCUCUCUCUCUCUCUCUCUCUCUCUCUCUCUCUCUCUCUCUCUCUCUCUCU